GAAGCUGGCUGGCUCUUGGACUCCCUCUCCUUAGCCAGUUGCUCCCCUACCUGCUUGCACUGCCCAUAAACAACAUGGACUCCCAAUCAUUGGACACAGCAAUUCAGAGUGCCCUUGCAGCCCUCUACCCACCCUUUGAAGCUACAGCUCCAACCAUCCUUGGCCAGGUGUUCCGCCUCCUGGAGAUUCAUUAUCAUGGAGAUGGGCUCUGCUGCCUCCUGGAUUUCCUGAUACCUGCCAAACGCCUUUUUGAGCAAGUCCGGGAAGCAGCCUGUGGAGGAGGGUGGAAAGAGAGUUCCAGAGUGAGGGUCAGGCAAAACGGCCACGGCCCCUAUCGAGAAGGGCCAGCAGCAUGGAGAGGAGGCGAGCCAAGAAGGCCAAGGGCAGAUCAUGGAGGUAGCCAGGACAAGACAGGGAGGCGUCUGCUCCAGGUAACUACAAGUGGUUCAGCGUGGGAUGCGCCAUGGUGCUCGGCCAGAGAGGUCACCAAACUCCUCAUCUACUUGUGCUCCAUCCCCAGACAAGAAGCCAAAUCCAUAGGACUGACUGUUGUGAUUGAUGCCAGGAAACAGUCCCCGACUCCCUGCCUGGUCAAUGCUCUGAGAACAGCCCAGGCCUUGGCCCCAGCCUCUAUUCAUAGUUUGCUGUUCCUGGGGGAGAAGGAAGCUGCUACCCACCUGGAGAAGGUACCAGGCAUCCAGGUGGAGGUGCUUACAUCUCUGAAGGCCCUAGGCCGCCACGUGGACCAGAGCCAGUUGACCCCAGACCUGGAAGGCUCCUUCCCAUAUUGCCACAAUCAGUGGGUUCAAUUCUUCCAGAGGGUGGACCCCUUCCUGGCUGAACUCCGCAAGGUUUCCACACUGCUCCAGGAUGCCAUCCAGGAGUUUGAGAAGGGCAAGACCCCCAAGGGAGUACAGGAGGCAGCUCAGAGCAUGACCAAAUACAAGCAGAUGAUGGAGACUGUGCUCAGCGAUGCCCAGCUGGUGAGUCUACAGAGAGAUGGGGGAGCCACCUUAGCCAGGCUCAGGAAGGACACCUGCAAGCUUGCCUACUCACAGGAAGCCAGGAACAGUAUGGCUUUGGCAAUGGCCCUCUACAGUCAAGUGGAAGAACGGGUACACAUACUGGUGACCACAUCUAACAAGAGCCUGGAAAGACUGGAAUCUCUGGUGCAAACAAGUGAGCUGGAGUCUGAGUUCCAUCAGAUCAGUGAAUGGAUUGACAGGGAAGGAAGUACAUGGCUUAAGGCACUGACACCUUUGGAAUGGAGCCUCGAGCGGGUGGAAAAAUCUCAUGAGCAAUUUGAGGAAUUCUUCCAACAGGCUACGGCUCACUACAACCGGGGUUUAGAGCUGUCAAAACAAGCAGCUAAAUUCCAAGGAGCUGAAACCCCAGAGAUCGCAGCUUUCGUAGCCACCAAGAGCACCUUCCAGGCCAAGCUGACCCACUUCUACAUGGCCAUAGAGAGGCAGAGGACAGACCUGGAAACCCUCCUCCAUCUCUAUCGAUUUUGCAAUAAGAUGACCUGGUUCAACCUGGAUUGUCAGGAUUUGGUGGCUGACCUAAAGUUGAGUGAGGGUUGUAGGGCCAGCCCAGAUGCUCAGCGCCACCUGGAGAGCUACCUGCAGAGGCUUGCCGUAGAGUUUCCUGCUGAAAAGCUGUGGGAGAUGUGGCUGCAGGCGUCUUCUCUGAGUCGAGGCCCUGGGCUGGGCCUUUGGGAGGAAGCCCGGCUGAGGCGACAUGAGAGUCAUGUUAUUCUUCAGGAGGCUCUAACCCGGUGCCAGGGGAAAGCAGAGACUGAGAUGGACCCUAAGAAGGGAAAAGAGAUUUCAAGGACCUUAGUCCCUGGAGCUCUGGAGGGAGACGCUUUAGCCAUCCUGGAACCUGGGAAAAUGUUCACUGGAAUCCAAAGAUGGAAAGGACAGGCCAUUCCUGGGGGAAAGUUGAACAACUAUCCAGGUAUGGAUUCAGACUCUGUAAGCCCAGGUGGCCUAGAGAAAAAUGACUCCUCUGAUCAGUCUAAGAAGAAAGGGGGUAACAGAGAUAAUCAACAGAAAAUGGGGACCUCUAAUUCCGCUCCUGGAAUUACUGACCCAGAGCAAGGGUCUAAAGUUGACUUGUCUAUAAAUAUCAACAAGGUAGUCCCAGAGAAUUUGCAGCCUCCCCCAUGGCUACCCGCUCUACCUGCUUCUUCCAAGUCCCCCACUCUCUGGAAAGGCCUCAUCAGAAAGAGGCCAGGACGAGGAUCCCGCUUGCAGUUCUCCCGACAUGGUAGUUUCUCAUCAGAAGAGACAGAUUCACAGACCUCCCUGGAUGACUCACCACUGACCAGUCCUGUGGUAUCCCUGGAGCUGAGCAGCCCCCAACUGCUCUGGGCUCCAGGCAAGGGGGCAGGCAUGGCACAGCUGGAAGGCAAGCCUCUUGGUGGUCAGACACCAGGAAACCCAGCCUAAAAACAUUUCAGCAAGCCUUUAAUAAACACUUACUGUGUGCCUA